AUGGAUGCCGAAAUUCAGAACGCUGCUGAGGACAUGGAUGCCUGCGCCACCACGCCGCACUCGCCGUCAGGUGAUCGCAUUGGCCGUCUGCUGGAGCAGAUGCGGACCUGCGUCUUGGUGCAUCAUCAACUGAGCUGCUUGCUGAUCCACGCAAGCGCUCUGGAUGCAGGUGUCUAUGGUGAGGCCGGCUUCGAUGAGAGCACUGAGGAGGGCAACGAUGCACUACGCCGAUCCAUCCAAAGCCUUGGGGGCUCCACUGCUCGCUUGUUCUGUAUGGCAUUGAGGGAUCAGAAAGAUUUGCGAUCCAUGAGCCACACCUUGCAAAGCCGCGUGGAGUCGAUGGUGGAAGGCCUUCAAUCGGAGCUUGGCUUGAUGGGGGACGCCGACUGCACGGCGCUGACCGCCGAAGUGACAGACUUGGAGGCGGCAUUGGCCAGGAAACGAGAGGAGGUGCAAGAACUUCGCCGUUUGACCGACGAUCGUCGCACGCUGGCAGAAGAGAAACACCGUACCAUUGUCAUGCAGCAAGCGGAGAGGGUGAAGGCAGCCGAGCGCCGGCUGCAGGUGCUGCAGCAUGCUUGGGACGACUUAGACUAUGCAGGCUUGGAUGCGUCAGUAGCAAGAAGCCCUGCAGCGCAGGCAGCUCAAGCGUUGCUGGGCCCGCUCCCACGCAGCCCAAGUCCUGAUGCCCCAGGCCCACACACACUGCAACGCCAGCAGCAUGAGAACCAACUCGAGCGCAGAUACUCGCCGGCGACACGGCGUGUUCGUGGAGGUCCACCACAGGCAGUGGUGCAGACAACGCCGCAGCGCAUUGUCGGAGGCUCCAGACUGCCGUCGCCAGGGAAGCCGCAGCAGGCAUUCUCGUCGCUGGCGCAGCUUGAUGCACAGCUGCGAGCAGCUCAGACAGAGUUCUGGAGCCUCUGA